AUGGACCGGAGUCUAUUCAAGCGUGCUGUUGUCGAUAGCGAGGAGCCGACACCAGGGUACAUAUAUCGCGAGAUGGCACAAUGGACAUUCAAGGACUACAAUACACAAAUGAAGUUUAUUGAUGCUUUAUUUGAUAAACUGAAGCCAAAUACGGGCGUACAUGCGCUGUACAAAGUGCUGCGCAUUAUAAAAACAAUGUGCGAAACGGGACACAGUGAUUUUCAGAGGGAGUUGAAGAAGAACUCUCGGACCGAAACUCUAAAAACAUUUGCAAACUACCGUGGGAAGCCAGAUUUAAAAUACGGCGAUAGCCUCAAUGAGAAGGUUCGUCAAUCUGCAAGAGAGGCCAUAGAGGCCAUAUUUACAAAUCGCAAGGAGGGGCAGCAGAUAGAGAUGGGGUACGGGAACAACGGCAACGGCAAAGGAAGCACGACGACGGGUCAGUCAUCCUUCACGACGGGCUAUGCAGUAACGAGGGGGAUGGUGGAAAGGCCCAUGGGUAUGUACGGUGGCAACAUUGCACCGAUGCCCAUGACGAACAAAUGGGCGGAGCACAUGGCAAAACAGAUGAUGGAUGCAAAUACUAGCAAGACACGCCGUGUGCUCUCAUCCCUAUCGGAGAAGGCAAAAAGUGGAUUUGGUUUACUGUAUAACACGGAGCCGAAUAUGAUGUACAAGAGCGCAAAGGAUCAGUUGUACGAAAAUGCGCUUAGGCUCAGUACCACCGGAGCUUCUGUGGUGUCUUCCUCUGAAGUGGACGCAGGCGGUUUCCAGCCAGUCGAAUUGGGCACCAAUGUUCCUUUUCCUCUGUCAAGGGGAUCGGGGAGCGGUGAUUUUAAAUUUGUGGAGAAUGUACAAAAGGAUGAAGAAAAACCGACAUCGAGCGAAAAAAACGAGGGAAAUUCUCAUUCUCAGUUUCUUCUGCCUCAGCAGCAGCUCACCCCCUUUCAAGCAACUGUGCAACGGCUCUGUCAGAUGAAAAGCACACCCCAACGGGUUGAGCUGCACGCUUUUGUCGAGGAGUGCCGUAGAAUAGGCACAGAAAUGAUACAAGGAAGAGGUGCCUACGAGGAAAAGGGUGAAUUAGAGGAAUGCUGGGAGGAGCUUGCCGAGGCGCUUGAUUCACAACUUGCACAGAAACAUCCGUGGCAGCGGCGACUGAACGCGCUCGUGGCGUUGGAGGCGCUUCUUCAACCACAUGUUGACGAUGCGGAGACGGCAGCGACAAUGCGGCAAGGAGUUUUGCGUUACUUUCUUGAAAAUCCAGAAGACGUUCAGCGAAAUGUUUUUGUCGUGCAGGCAACGCUGCGGGAGCGUGCACAGCGUGUUUUGGGGAUUCUUGGCCUACCGGGGACUGACGUUUCUGGCGGCGCGUUUGUUGCCCCAAGCACGGGUGGUGCUUCCACUCUCUUGCCCUUUACGGAGGCACAACAGUUCAAGAGUGAGGGGAGCACUACGCAGUCUUUCUUGUGGUCGGCGCCGGUUUCCACAGUGAAGACGACGGCAGCAGAAAGUGAAGUUGCAGGGAGCGCGGUGGCGAACAUGAGUGGGAUGUCUGUUCGUGUGGGUCACCGGAGCGCAAAAGAAAAGACGAAAUUGAGGAAGCGUGCGCCAAUGUCUCUCAAUGAGGAGUCUCAAAAAAGCACGGAUGAAAAUUCCUUUGUUGAUAACAGCCAUACCGGCAACAUGGGCAAAGAGGCAUCUUCGUUUGGCUUCUUAAAAGCUUCUCCGGUGAUGAGUAGCAAUGGUAAUGGCCAUAAGACGGCUGGCGCAGGGAAUGCGCUGGAUGAUCUUUUUGGUGGACCCGCCACAGACAAAUCGACGACUGCUUUGGAAUUCUACAGAACAAAAACACCACCAUUAUCUCAUGCAUUCACCGACACUGGAACCGUGAAUACUCAGAACAGCAAUGCAACAGCGUUUGACUUUCUCAUGGAGGAUCGACCACGUGACGCAGCACAGUUUACAUCACCACCCAUACAACAACAACAACGCGAGCCAUCUUUUCCGUUCCUAGCAAAACAGGACGCUCCUACAGCUCACACAAAUUCAACGUCGGCAGAGAGACCCUUGUCGCCGUUAUUUGGUGCGACUUCCACUGCGGGGGAAAGCGGGAUGGUGCAAAGUGAGAGGGGUGGUAUUGUUUUGCCGAAUGACUUUUCCGCUCUUUCCUUGCCCCUGUCCUCAGCAGACAAUAAUUCAUUGCCUGCAAUGCUGUUGGAAACGCAGCAGCAACUACAGGCUUUCAUGUCUAACAUGCAAAAUAACCCAAAUCCCGAAAGGCUUUCUCAACUUCAACUACUUUUGGCGCAACAACAGCAGCUCAUGGCACUAUAUUCCCAGCAACAACAACAGGAGCAGCAUGGACCGUGGAUUGCGUCAUCUUCUGACCCUGCUUGCUCCUUCAACAUGGACUCCACUCCUCUCCACACGCAUUUUGCGAUGGGAAUGAGCCCUUCUUCCGCUUCCCUCUCUACCAUAAAGCCAAACACUUUUGCAAAGAUACAGGAGGAGAUGAUGGCUAAAUUAGCGGCAACCGGCCUUCAGUGA